AUGAUGAGAAAUGAGUCUGGAACUAUUCCAGAGAGAAGUGCUGUUGAUGACUAUUCUCCAGCUAUGAGUGUUGGCGAAGAGAGUAGCAUUAGAACACUAUUACAUCAAGAAAAAUCAGGUACUAAAUUUAUGAUAGCUUCUGAAGAGAAGCUUAUUGAAUUAGCUGAAUUCGAGGGUAAUGAAACUCAAAUUAUAACAGGAAAUAGUAAUAUCCCUAGAUCACCUAGUGCUAUGUCCUCUAGACGUCAGGAUACAUCAAUAUUUGAAGAAAUCUUCUGUGGAUGUGUAGAGAGAUCAAGAUGGAGAAAAGUUAGACCAUGCUAUUUAAUAACAACUCUUAUUGCUUCAAGUUUAAUAUUUGUAUUUCUACAAGAAGUUGUUUAUAGUAAACUAACAACAGGUCAUGCUACAGUAUCAUUGUCAGAUAACAGUUUACUUGGUCCUCCUGCACAAGUAAUUUUUAAUAUGGGUGCUUUAGACACGAACUUAAUACGACAGGGUCAAAUUUCUCGCCUAUUUUGGUCAUUUUGGUUACACACAGGACUUCUACAUCUGGCAAUAAAUGUCCUAAGUCAAAUUGCUUUGGGAGUUAUCUUAGAAACACGUUGGGUUGUAUGGCGUUAUAUAAUUCUUUAUUAUAUAGGUGGUCUUGUAGGGAAUUUGGCAUCUGCAGUACUUGAUCCAUGUUCAAUAUCUGCUGGGUCAUCUGCUUGUUUUUUUGCUUUAUUAGCUGGUGUAAUAGUUAUGUUACUUGAAAAUUGGAAACAUACAAAUUGGCAAUUCUUCUAUGUUAUAUCAAUAUGCCUUGCUACAUUAUUAGGAAUAUCAUUGAGUUUUAUGUCAAAUACUGAUAACUGGGCUCAUAUUGGUGGAUUCACUGCUGGUUUUUUAUGGUCAUUAGCAAGUAUUGAAACAAUUCCUCAUUCUAAUAUAUGGAGGGAUAAUAGACGGAAUCAUCAUGGUAAUAAUCAUAGCCAUCAAAGGAAUACUAGACAUAACAUAACUCAAAGUGAUGUUGAAACUGGAAGAAACUCACCAAUACUUCCUGCUAAUGCUUCAUCAAUACAUACACGAAAUGAUGAUCAUUACUCACUCUCAACUUCCAUAUCUAAUCAUUCAAAGUGGUCAAGGUCAUUCCUAUAUCGUCGUUUUGUACCAAUUAAAUGUGAAUGUGGAGGUGCUAUACAGACAAUUCGGGUUGUUGCAUUCCUGACAUUAAUUCUUAUAGUGACAUUUGGAUUCCUCUUUCUACUUUACGAACCUAUCUAUAGUCGAUUUAAUAUUGCUCUUGGACAUCUAUCCUUCUUCGGUAUUCAGGCCUGUAGUUGUUGUAUGGCACCAGAAGGACAGUACUGGUGUUCCGGCGCACCAUCAUGGAUUAAGAAGUGUAAUCAAACUUCAUUUAUUUAA